AUGGCUCAAAAGGUGGCAGCACAAGGAGGAAAUGGUGGUAACCAAUGGGAUGAUGGAUCUGAACACGACGCUGUGACCAAGAUUCAGGUCGCAGCAGGAGGGAAAGGUAUUGAAUAUGUUAAGUUCGACUAUGUCAAGAACGGUAAAACCGUAGAAGCCCCUCUUCGCAGCGUCAAGGGCCGUGCUUUCCCAGCUGAUCCGUUUGUGAUUAACCAUCCAGAGGAGCAUCUAGUUUCUGUGGAGGGUUGGUAUGAUUCCUCUAAUGUCAUUCAGGGAAUCCAAUUCAAAUCCAACAAGAAGACUUCUGAUUACUUCGGCUAUGAGUUCGAUGGUAGCGGUACUAAAUUUACUCUACAAGUUCAAGACAAGAAGAUCAUUGGGUUUCAUGGUUCCUCUGGCACCAAUCUCAACACCAUUGGGGCUUAUUUCGUUCCAUCAGGCUCCACCUCCACCACCACUCCCGCUCCUGCCCCUGCGAAGAAGCUGGAAGCUCAGGGUGGUGCAACAGGAGCUGUGUGGGACGAUGGUCAUCACGACGAUGUUAAAAAAGUAUAUGUAGGACAAGGCCAAGAUGGUAUUGGAGCUGUCAAGUUUGAGUACGUAACUGGUUCCAACGUAACCACUUUGGAACAUGGAAAGCCAACAUUGCUUGGAUAUGAGGAGUUUGCGCUUGAAUCAGGUGAAUACAUCACAUCCGUGGAAGGAACCUACGACAAAAUCUUUGGGACUGACAGUGAUGUAAUAACGAUGCUCAUUUUCAAGACUAGCAAGAACAGAACAUCUGACCCGUUUGGGCUUGAAGGAAGCACAAGGUUUGUAUUGAAGGAGGAAGGUUACAAGAUUACCGGGUUCCAUGGACGUGCUUCUGAUUCUACUGCAGAUUCUGGUGCUGAUAUUCAUGCUAUUGGAGUUUAUAUAGCUCCACUAGGCACCAUCCCCUUGGAUCCUGCUCAACCAUCCAAGAAGCUUGAUGCACUUGGUGGUGAUGGAGGAACUUCAUGGAAUGAUGGUGUUUUCGAUGGUGUAAGAAAAGUGUCCGUAGGACAAGCCCAAGAUGGUGUUGGAGCGGUCAAGUUUGUGUAUGGCAAAGGAGCUGAGGUUGUAGUAGGAGAUGAGCAUGGAGCAAGUACAUUGCUUGGAUUCGAAGAGUUUGAGCUUGACUAUCCAAGUGAAUACAUCACGGCUGUUGAUGGAACCUAUGAUAAAAUCUUUGGGAGUGAAACCACAAUCAUAACCAUGCUUAGGUUCAAGACUAAUAAGCAAACGUAUGGUCCCUUUGGGCUUGAAGCUGGCACAGCCUUCGUAGUCAAAGAGGAAGGUUACAAGAUCGUUGGGUUCCAUGGAACCGCCGGUGCAGUUUUGGUCGAGUGUCGACCGACACCACAGUGGGCGACUGUGAGAGGAGAAGAGUUUUCUGAGGUGAUUCCAGUGUUUGGUGUUAAAUCCGAGUCUGUUCAUCAGCGAUUCAGAGUUCUGGGUGUGUGUGGUGGUGCUGCGUGGUGUUCUUCGUCGUUCCUUGCUUCAGUUCAUCUUCUUCAAUUCGUUUUCCCCUCUUUUCAACCUAGAAUCGAGAGGUUGUGGCGCGAGAGGGCGCGGUGCUCGAGCCGUGGUGGCAGAGCUAGAGGCCGUGGAGGCCGGGGCCGGUCGUGGACUUCGGCGGAUUCGGGAGAGAGUGUGGCGCCUAGUGUGGCGAUUGCGUCGGUGACCCAGUCGGUAUCCGUGGCGAGUGAGGCCAGUGUGGAUGCGAGUGUUGGUUUGGGAGCGGGGGCUGCUCCGGGUUGGGGUGGUGCUCCGGCUCAGGGUCUUGAUGACUUAGUGGUGGGUUUGCUGACGCAGUUAUUGGCUCGUUUUCCGCCAGUGGUUCCACAGGGGGCUCCGGGAGUACCUCCAGUGGCAGAGGUGCAGCAGAGGGCUGCGAGGUUGUUCAGCCGCAGGCUGUGGGUUUGUGGUGCCGCCUAUCUGGAUAUGAUGGGGCACAUGCAGAGGAUUGGUACGCCGUACUUUGAGGGCGGAGUUAGCCGAGGCGGCGAGUGUUGUAGAGAUUGGAGCGGAAUUUUCAGUCUAUCAGUUAAUUGUGAGGUUCUCAACGCAAUGUGUGUAAUGACCUUGUUAGUGGGCGGUUUUGAGUCCCACGUUUUAUUCGACUCUGGAGCAUCGAAUUGCUUCAUUACACCGGAGCGUGCCGAGAAGAGUGGCAUCCGGAGUAGCGCGGGCGAGAGCGCGGGCAUGGUCAAGGUGGCGGGAGGUGGAUUCUUGUCUACUUUGGGCCGUGCUAGAGGAGUCGAGAUCGAGAUUGCGGGGCAGUCAAUGCCAGCAGACUUAGUCAUCAGUCCGGUGGAGCUGUAUGACGUUAUUCUCGGGAUGGACUGGUUGUCACACUACAGAGUUCAUCUGGAUUGCUACAGAGGUAGAGUGGUCUUCGAGCGAGAUGCAGGGAGGUUGGUUUAUCAGGGAGUGAGACCGACUUCCGGGAGUAUUGUGAUAUCUGCUAUUCAGGCCGAGCAGUUGUUAGAGCGGGGCUGUGAGGCGUAUCUGGCGACGAUUUCUAUGUCUGAGUCAGGAGCUGGAGUUGUUAUGGGAGAUAUUGAGGUUGUCCAGGAUUUUGAGGAUGUCUUUCAGUCACUGAAGGGAUUACCACCAUCUCGGUCUGAUCCUUUCACGAUUGAGUUAGAGCCGGGGACAGCACCGAUAUCGAAGACGCCUUACAGGAUGGCGCCAGCUGAGUUGGCAGAGCUGAAGAAGCAGAUAGAGGACCUUUUGUCUAAGGGGUUCAUUCGACCAAGUGUUUCACCGUGGGGAGCACCGGUGUUGUUUGUGAAGAAGAAGGAUGGCAGUUUCAGACUUUGUAUCGAUUACAGAGGUCUUAACCGAGUCACUGUGAAGAACAGGUACCCACUCCCGAGGAUUGAUGAGUUGUUGGAUCAGUUGAGGGGUGCUACUUGGUUCUCCAAGAUUGACUUGGCAUCGGGGUAUCAUCAGAUCCCGAUAGAUGAGGCAGAUGUCAGGAAGACUGCUUUCAGGACGCGUUAUGGGCAUUUUGAGUUUGUGGUUAUGCCUUUCGGUUUGACUAACGCGCCGGCAGCCUUCAUGAGAUUGAUGAACGACGUGUUCAGGGAGUAUUUGGACGUGUUUGUCAUCAUUUUCAUUGAUGAUAUUCUGGUAUACUCGAGGAGUCAGGAGGAGCAUGCGACUCACUUGAGGUUGGUUCUGGAGAAGCUUCGGGAGCAGAAGCUUUUUGCUAAGUUGAGCAAGUGCAGUUUCUGGCAGCGAGAGAUGGGAUUUCUUGGCCACAUUGUUUCUGCAGAGGGAGUUUCUGUGGAUCCGGCUAAGAUUGAGGCUAUCAGAGAUUGGCCUAGACCUAGUAGUGCCACCGAGAUCAGGAGUUUUCUGGGUUUGGCAGGAUACUACAGGAGGUUCGUCAAGGGGUUUGCUACCAUGGCGCAGCCGAUGACGAAGUUGACCGGGAAGGAUGUCCCGUUUGUUUGGUCAGCUGAGUGUGAGGAGAGCUUUAGUCAGCUCAAGGAGAUGUUGACUACUACACCAGUGUUGGCGUUACCCGAGCCAGGGAAGCCUUACAUGGUGUAUACAGAUGCUUCAGGCAUUGGUCUUGGUUGUGUGCUGAUGCAGGAGGGCAGAGUGAUAGCAUAUGCUUCGAGACAGUGGCAGGGCAGUGAGCGUAACCGUCCUACACAUGACUUAGAGUUGGGAGCAGUGAUCUUCGCGUUGAAGAUUUGGAGGUCUUACUUGCUAGGUGAGACAGUACAGGUCUUCACGGAUCACAAGAGUUUGCAGCAUAUCUUCACUCAGCCGAUGAUGAACGCGAGACAGACGCGCUGGGUUGAGUUCUUGGCGGACUAUCAGGUGAGCAUUAACUACCAUCCGGGCAAGGCUAACCUAGUGGCGGACGCGUUGAGUAGACGGAGGUAUGAUUCCGCAGUUGAGCGAGAUGUGGAGUCUCUAGUUGGCGAGAUCAGUACCUUGCGUUUGUGUGCCAUUUCGCAGGAGCCUUUGGGUUUAGAGGCAGUGGAUCAGGCGGAUCUACUUAGCAGGAUCAGAGUUGCUCAGCAGAGUGAUCAGAGUUUGCUGGAUGCGACGAGAGUGACUGGUUCUGAGUAUGAGGUCUCUGCGAAUGGGACUAUCUUGGGAGCGACCAAGAUGUACCAUGACCUCAAGAGGUACUAUCAUUGGGUCGGGAUGAAGAGGGAUGUAGCAGACUGGGUUGCGAAGUGCAACACUUGUGCCUUGGUGAAGGCAGAGCAUCAGGUUCCGGGUGGUCUUUUGCAGAGUUUACCCAUUCCAGAGUGGAAGUGGGACAGGAUUACGAUGGAUUUCGUGGUUGGACUACCUGUUUCGAGGACUUUCGAUGCUAUUGGGAAGUUUGUGCGAGAGAUUGUGAGGCUGCAUGGAGUGCCAGCUAGUAUUGUGUCAGACCGUGAUCCCAGAUUCACUUCAGAGUUUUGGAGAGCUUUUCAGGCAGAGAUGGGCACUAAGGUGCAUUUGAGUACAGCUUAUCAUCCGCAGACAGAUGGUCAGUCAGAGAGGACUAUUCAGACUUUGGAGGAUUUGCUGAGGAUGUGUGUGUUGGAUUGGGGUGGCCAUUGGGCAGAUCACCUGAGCUUAGUUGAGUUUGCAUACAACAACAGCUUUCAGGCGAGUAUUGGCAUGGCUCCAUUUGAGGCUUUGUAUGGGAGGCCAUGUAGGACACCCCUAUGCUGGACCCAAGUGGGGGAGCGCAGCAUGUAUGGAGCUACUUAUGUUCAGGAGACGACAGAGAAGGUUCGUGUUGUGAGGCUGAACAUGAAGGAGGCUCAGGAUAGGCAGAAGAGUUAUGCAGAUAGACGCAGACGAGAGCUUGAGUUUCAGGUGGGAGAUAGAGUUUAUCUCAAGAUGGCUAUGUUGAGGGGUCCUAACAGAUCCAUAGCAGAGAACAAGCUGAGUCCGCGAUUUAUGGGUCCGUUUCCAGUAGUGGAGCGAGUUGGGCCAUUGGCUUACAGGCUGGAGUUGCCUGAGAUUAUGAAAGCCUUUCACAAGGUUUUUCAUGUGUCGAUGCUGAGGAAGUGUCUUCACCCUACAGAGGAGUUAGUGGCUAGGAUUCCAGAGGAUCUUCAGCCAGAUUUGACAGUGCCGGCAGUGCCUGUGAGGAUUUUAGAGAGGAGGGAAAAGGUUCUGAGGAACAAGAGGAUUCCCUUACUGAGGAUUUUGUGGGAUUGCAGUGGUUCUACAGAGGAGACUUGGGAGCCAGAGGCAAAGAUGAAGUUGAAGUUCAGGAAGUGGUUCGACAAGCAGGUCGAGGAGUGA